CGCUGCCGGGUGCGGGGCGGGCGCUGCCGGGUGCGGGCGGGCCCCGCCUCCGUCCCCGCCUCCUCCUGGCUCUCCUCUGGUCUCCUCCGGACGGCGCCCCCCCUCCCCGGAGCUUCCCGGUCUCCGAGGCCCAGGGUUUCCCAGUGAAAUAUAUACUAAAUAUCAACUGAUAAAUCUUGGGUAGAAAUCCUACUUAUGAUCUGAAAGUUAAGAUUGCUUGGCUUAGUUGCACUGAGGAAUGAAGUGGAAAUUGCCUUAGACUGGGAGUCAGACAAAGAACAUGGAUUCCAACAUCAGCUGACUCUGCAUUAGCGUCCUGUAACCUCCAUGAAUCUGCUUCCUCAUCUCCAAAAUAGCAAGAGUGCUUGUCCAACCCACUUCACAAAGGACUCAAGAGGAUCAGAUGUUUAUAGAGUGCCCAGAAAUCAUGAGUAAAAAACCCACUCAAAUCCAUGUUUUCUUUGGAGCACCAGUUAUUCCAUCAAAUAUAGCAGUAUCGCAAGAACAAACUUAUUCAGCAACGAGUGCCAAUCCGUGGAAAAUUACUCAGUUCUUUUAUCAUCCCCAUUCCUUAAAUGUUAGUGCUGAAACAUGCAAGUGUGGUCAUCUUGAAGACCAUCAUGUAAGUCUUCCAGUUCCUCUUAAAGAACAUAUCCUGAACUCUGAUAAGACUGGAUCUUGCCAUGAUGAAGACUAUUUAACAUGUGUUCCAGAAACACAGUGUAUAGAGUCCCAGAAUAGUGAUCCUUCAAGGAUAAUUGAUACAUCCUACUAUCAUGAGCAAAUACCUGGAUUUGAGAGCAGAGUACAACAGCAUUUAAAUGAAGGAAAAUAUCAUCAUCCUGUGGAUGAUGAUAAUAAAAUCAUGGACCAGCAGGAAAAAUUUGAAUCCAAUUUCUCUUUGCAAAAUCUUUUUAAAAAAAAUUCCCAGCCAAUAAAACAAGAUUAUUCUGAUAUGUGGGAUUUGGUCUGCAGUACUAAGCAGAUUAAUAUAGAACCAGAAGUUGUAGAAAAUGAUCACAUGCCAUUAAAAAAUAAUGAGACAGUCAACCAUUCUCUGGGAUUCUCUUCUCCCCAAAUAACAGAUGAGCCUAAAGAUAAAGGAGUGAUAAUAAGGAAGCUCUCGAGCUUCAGUACAUCAGCAGACAUUGAAUUUCUUACUAUUAUGACAUCAAGCAAGAAAGCUUUUCUAGCCCAAAGCCUGGAUAAAGAACAGAGUUUUCUAAGUAAAGAAACUUUGAGCAUUAAGCCAGAAUCAAAGGAAAGUUGUAGGGAAGUGAGACUAGAAAAUUCCAAUAAUUUUGUGAAUGCACCAAAUCAGGCAAACUCCCUUGAACUUUUUAGUCCUAAUCGUCCUGAGACAACAAACAACAGCACUCCCUUAAACUGUAGCAACGGAAUCAAAGAAAAUACAGCAUCUCAAGGACUUUUCAAAACUCCUAAUGAACAGUCCACAGAUGAUUUUUGUAUUGAUUCAUUUAGCACAAGAAAAAUUUGUCCUCAACAAAAUACUUUCCAUAAAGUUUCUAUGAAAAGAAAUCGAACAAAUGAAGAUAAGUCAGGUCCUUCAAGCACUGUAUCAGAAGCCCUCCAGGGAUCCAAGAAGGUUAAAGAAACCCAUCAAAUCUCUUCCAGAGCAACUCCUGAAAAAAGUGUAUCUAGCUUUGGCAAGUUCUUAAACAAAACAUCACUGUUGAAAAAUUGUGUUUGCAAAAGCCAGAGAUAUAAUUGUUUGGUUAUGGCCUUACAUCCAUGUCAUGUGAAGGAAAUACACAUAAAAACAGGACCAAAUUCUGGCUGUAAAGUUCCUUUGGCAACUAUUACAGUAAUUGACCAAUCAGAAAUUAAGAAGAAGGUUGUACUGUGGCGUGAUGCUGCCUUUCGCAUGCUAACAGUAUUUCCUGGAGACAUAAUUUUACUAACAGAUGUCACUAUACAUGAUGACCAAUGGUACAGGGAAACAGUACUGCAAUCUACAUCUACCACUCAGUUAUUGAAUCUGGGAAGUUGCUCAUCUGUCCAAGCAAAAGAAUAUUCCUAUAUAGUCAGUGUUACAGUACUGCAAGAUUUAUUGGGGUACAUCUCUUCAAAGCAUUCCUACAUUGUAGAUCUCCCUUUUAGACAUCCUCAGAAAUUGGAAAGUAUACAGUAUGUAGAACUGGACCAGCUUCAGCCAAACACAUUAGUCCAUUCAAUAUUAAAAGUUGUCAGUAUCACAGUACUAACAGAGGCAGUAUAUGGUUACAGAGGACAGAAACAAAGAAAAAUUAUUUUGACAGUAGAACAGGUCCAAGAUCAACAUUUUAUACUUGUAUUAUGGGGUCCUGGAGCAGCUUGGUACUCAGAGUUUCAAAGGAAAAGGGAUCAUCUUUGGGAAUUUAAGUAUCUCCUUACUCAGUACAAUUCCACAUCAGGACAUCUAGAAUUGCAUACAACCCCAUGGUCUUCCUGUGAGUGCCUCUUUGAGGAUGACAUGAGGGCAAUUGACUUUAAAGCCAAGUUCCAAAAAAGAGAAAGUCACCUUAUGAAGAUCUCACAUUUAUCUGCCCUUCUGGAAGAGAAGCGCUCGGGAGUGGUUCAAAUAGAAGCCCAGAUUUUAGCAUUAAUGUUCCCUGUUCCUACCCAUGAGAGCCGGCAGCUUGUCCUAGAUGCCAGCACUUCUCUGGAAGAUAUUCUUACGUGUCUCUCCACCAUUAUAUAUUCAGGAUGUGGAAAAUGUGGACUGGAAUUAGAAAUAGAUGAGAACAAAAUAUACAAGCAAUGUGUCAGCUGUUUGCCAUUUACUAUGGUGAAAUUGUACUACAGAGCAGCACUAAUGACUGUGUCUGAUGGCAAGAAUGAAAUUCAAAUUCAUGCAGGAUCAGAGAUAAUGCAGAAGAUUCUUCUCAAUAUUCCACCUGAUUGGUUAAGCAGAGUUGUAGGUAUUGAACAGAUGUCAGCUGCCUGUUAUUAAUGCUACUCCCAAAGACAUGAAGGAGGAGACCCAGAAGCUUCUUGGCCCACUUUUCAUGAGUUAAUGACUUUUGACUUGUCUUUCAACCAAAGCAAUAUAAUAACAAGCUUUAAGGAAGAGACAGUACUAAGACUGUAUUUAAAAGCAAAAAGUAAUCCUGCAGAAAAGUUUGUUCCUAAAAAAACUGAGCCUUAAAAAUAGAAAUAUAGGAUGGAGGGAAAUAGCAGCAGAGCAAGAAUUAGAAUUAGACUUAGGAAUUAGACUUAGCCUUGUGUGGUUUUGGUUUGGGAAAAGCCACAAAAUUAGUCUUCCUUCUAACUGGAUGCAGAGAAAUAUGCUACAUCUUCAGGAAGCCUUGAACCAAUCUACAAAAUCUCUCUCCUUUGGACCAUUUCCGGAAUCCAGAGCCGCUGUUCCAGUCACUGAGAUGGAGAGAUAAGUAUGAUAGGAACCUUCAAACAGGCAAAUUUUCCAUUUCAGAUUUCAUCCCCUAUCUAGCUUAAGAAAUAACCAAUUAUGUCUGUCAGGCUAAUUCUUAGAAAUAAACAGCAAUAGAGUCUGAAGGGUUGGUUAUAACUUAUUUUUACCAAUAUUAUGACAAGUAUUGUGCCAUCUUCUCUGUUCUUAAAGACUCUUUAGAGAUAAUUAGCACAAUGAUUAAUACAAAAUUCAUCUAUGAUGGUGACUUAAAAUUUGUUUGAAAAUAUUAGGUAUAAAACAAUGGAAUGGAUAAAAAAUUGUAAAAAUAAAAAUAUCCUAUCCCAGCUUUCCAUUGUUAUCUCCUGUUUUUCUUCCCUCCUUGGCAACACAGAAAAGUGACAAAUAAAACUGUACUUAGACCUCACUUCAAGUAAAUAUCAAAGAUGCUUUUGCUGUUUAGUUGGAUUAACACAAAGUGUUAGAAAAUCUUAACUGAAUUGCCAUUUUUGCUGGGUCAUUCCAUUGGAUCCUGAUUCACAGAUGCAGUGUGAGCUAAAUAAAUAUUCAUUGACUUGAAC